AUGUCGGCGGACCUCUUCGCAGAGUUUGGAACUACCUCGAGCUCGUCUCAACAGCAGACCUCAGGCGAUGGCCAGACGCGACCACAACCGACACCGACAUUCAGCUUCUUCGAUAACCUGACAAACACAGCGCCAGCCCCCGUUACUCAACCGCAACCACAACAACCGUUAGCGGGUUUCCAGUCCGGGAGCUACAGGAAGAAGGACGCGCCUCUAGUCGACGAUAACGACGAGUGGGGUGACUUUGAAGGCGGACAGGAUCCAUUCUCGCUUGCGGGGGCCCCAUUAACACAGUCUUCGCAAGCAUCGUGGCAAAAGGCUUCUAUUGUCAAAGCCAAGAAGUCUACAGAUCCUAGCGUGCUCUUUGAUGCAGAAGAGGACUUCGAAGACGAUGAUGACUUUGGAGAUUUUGAAGGCCCAGAAUCGAGUUCUACUGCUCUUGCGCCGCCCGCAAGGUCGAGUGGGCUAGUAGGUCUUUUGGGUGAUAUGAGUAUAUCGCAACAGGCGCCUCCUGCCGCUAGUGAAAGAGGGGGUAGUGGUACCAGUCACAAAGCGUCUACACUACCUUCGGAAAAGAAAAGUGCGGUGGGUGGUUUUGGCUCUGUUACUCGUACCAAGCAGCCUACGACCACGGCUUCGCCUCCGCCAUUGAAACAAGACGAUGAGUGGGAUACGUUCGAGGACUGGGAGGCAUCGAUUCCUGCAAAGGUGCCUGCUAAGGCUCCUAGCAAGCCAAAAGAGACGAAGGUCACAAUGAACACCAAGUCUGCAAGCCUACCUCUACCUGUGCUAUCCCCGACCUUCGAUGACCCACAGCCGGAAGAGUUGCCUCCUACAAAUGUUCCACCGCCUGCCGUUCUACUUUCGUUGUUUCCCUCGCUCUUUGCCGAAGCCCACGACAAACUAUUCAAGCCCAUGACUGCACAAACUCUGCCUAUGCGAAACAAAUUGCUAGCCGAGCCAGGCACCAUCGCGUACCUUCAAGGCUACCUAAUGCUAGCCUCUGUUGCUGCGCAUAUCGUUGCUGGUCGGAAGCUCCGCUGGAAGAGGGACAAACACCUGUCACAAGGAAUGAGUAUAGGUCCGGCCUCAUCGCGGGCAACGUCCGGGAUGAAGCUCUCAAGCGUCGACAAGAGCGAGAACAUGAAGGAAGAAAGAGAAGCAUCAGACGUGAUUCGGGCAUGGAAGGACCAAAUCGGAAAACUACGGCACGUGGUUUCGGCCGCGAAUCAAAUCAAGCCGGGCACAUUAGGUGCUGCUCCAGAUAUUCAAGAGACUAUGCCGGUGAGCGUGCUGAAGCAGAGCGAGGGCGGCGUUCCUGCGCGAGAGGCAUGCAUGCUGUGCGGGCUGAAAAGAGACGAGCGUGUUGGUGUGGUGGAUCAUCGAGUCGAGGACAGCUUUGGCGAGUGGUGGAUCGAGCAGGUCAACAUGCAUAGGGCAUGCAGGAACUUCUGGAACGAACAUAGGGAUAAGUUGAGGCAACGAUGA